UAUUUUUUGUACGUGGCUUUUCGAAUCUGAUCAAGAAGGUAGAGUGAGCGCAAACUAUUAAUUUUACUUGCUGGACUUGCAAUUUAUUAGCUGAAGAGUAGUAUUUAGAACAACAGUUAGCUAGUUUCAUAUGUCUUUUAUCUGAUAUAGUGCCAUUCGGAGAAAUUGGUAUAAAGUCCAAAACUGUGGUUGCAUCGGAACUGGUCCAGGUUUUUAGAAUUAAUAUUAAUUUUGGUGACACACUCAGCUGAACCUGACUGCGAUAGUAUCAAUUGUACAUGUUGUAGUGCAAGGCUAGUUGAAAUGGCCGUAACACAGCCUGCUGGUGCUCGGACGCCCUUUGGCCAUAUGGCAGCGGUGACGGUGAGCCAUCAUCAAGCCGAAGGUAGCCCGACACAUGCUGUAGCUAGCAGUGUCCACGCUGCUAUUCCGGGCAUUGUUUCUUCCCACCACAAGGAAAUGUCUGAGAUGAUGCGCCGCAGAAUGCUUGAGAUGGAGAGACGCAAAAAGGUGCAGCAAAUGUUUGAAGCUGAAGUUGCCAAACACAAAGGCCAUGAGCUUAUGCACCUUGAGAUUGUGCUCACCAUAGUGGUGGUGACACUGUUUGUACAGCUGCUGGCGGUUUGCUGGAGAAAGCGUUACCCCCGCUCCUACAAAGCAUUCAUUCUGGUCGCACUAUGGCUUACUCCACUUGUCACCAGUGUCAUGGCCAAGAGCUGGAAGAUUGCAGGAUUCUCAGUGGCCAUCGCCCUUGUAUUUGCGUACGUCGUUUUCCGUGCGACGCGCAAGCCUCUUCCGUUGGAUACGCCGCGGUUCGUCUACAAGUUCUUUUUGAUUGGCCAUGGCAUAACACUUGGUGCCAUACACAUUGGCUACUUUCUUCUGAUCAUGUGCUUGGUGGGGGCCUUUCCACCAGCCUUCUUCAUCUACUUCCUCUUUGUCAUGGUCGGUGGUUUCUAUUGGUCUGUUGUUUUGAGGGACCUGUCUGUAAAUUGUUCCGAAUUCAUGGCAGCUAACCUAGGCAAUACGAGCGCGUUACCCACACGCCAAUUGGAUACUAGUGCUUGUUUCAUUUGCCGGCAGGCCCUGGAAGUCCCUAGUAGUCCUGACGACACAAGUGUUGAAAAGACGAUAGCGUUGUCCUGCUCGCACGUCUUUCAUGAGUUCUGCAUCCGCGGCUGGUGUAUUGUGGGUAAGAAGGCUAUCUGUCCGUACUGCAAGGAGGUCGUUGACAUGCGUAAGCUGGCGAGAACACCUUGGGAGAUCAGCUACCUGAAGCACUUUGAGUUCGUUGAGAUGUUGCGUCUGUUCCUCGUCUGGUUCCCUGUUAGCUGGAUCUUGAUUCAGGCCGUUAUCUGGUUCCUGCAUUUAGAAUAAAGGCCGUGACUGCUUUCUAGGAGUGAGAGCCUUGAUGGACUUUGUAGGACAAUGCCCUAUGCUGUAAGUUUGUUUGGAACAAUGAUUGUUUCUUCAUCUGUAUUCUGUCUAAUUUGCUUCGCUGGGCUUUCUAUCAGUUACAAUUUGCAACCCAUUCAAUAUGGUAUGUUAGAUCUCGAUUAAAUGCGUGGUAGGUCCCUUGGUUUUUUUAAUUAUAUUGGAAGGAAUCUCCACAUUUAGUCAUCCUGCAUACAACUUGAAAUAGUCUGAAAUAUUUUUUAUGAGAAGAGUUGAAACUGAUAAUCCACAUCGUGA